AUGAAUGAAAUCACAGGCAUUCCCAACAGGCUGUGGAGAAAGACAAGGGAUUCACAGACCAUCUUCCAGAAUUCCAGCUCGGAGGUGAUGUUGUCGCCCCUGCACCUCGCUCCUUGUGGGGUACCCCGCCCGGCGACACAAAGAGUAGAAAAUGUCCGACUUAUCCGAGAGCAGCAUCCUACCAAAAUCCCAGUGAUAACAGAACGAUACAAGGGUGAGAAGCAGCUUCCUGUCCUGGAUAAAACCAAGUUCCUUGUGCCUGAUCACAUCAACAGGAGUGAGCUCAUCAAGAUAAUGAGAAGGCGCUUACAGCUCAACGCUAAUCAAGUCUUCUUCCUGGUAGUGAAUGGACACAGCAUGGUGCGCGUGUCCACACCCACUUCUGAAGUGUAUGAAAGUGACAAGGAUGAAGAUGGAUUCCGGUAUAUGAUAUGUGCCUCUCAGGAGACAUUUGAGAUGAAAUUGUCAGAGUAA